AUAGCCUUGGUACACCUGUUGAAAGCCGGAAGGUCCUUGGCUCAUAGAACGUUUACGUUUACGUUUACCUUGCACUAUAGCUCUUUGGGUCAGAAGUCUUGAUUAUAAAACAAACUCCAGCUGAAACCCUGCUGUUAUUGUUUUGGAUUAGGACUCAAACCAUCAAGAUGCUGGUUUCUAAGAGUAUCUGGAGAGGUCGGCAUCUCUCGGAGCUUCUUGUAAAAAGGCAUCUGAGGUCUGCCAUGUCUGUGGCCUGCAAGUCGACCACAGCAGCCAUCAUCGAGAGGGAGAUGAAGUAUGGAGCACACAACUAUCACCCAUUGCCUGUGGCCAUAGAAAAAGGAAAAGGCGUGUUCCUCUGGGACGUGGAGGGCCGCCGCUACUACGACUUCCUCUCGGCCUACUCCGCCGUGAACCAAGGCCACUGCCACCCGCGGAUCAUUGGCGCGCUCGUGGAUCAGGCGCGGCACCUGACGCUGACCUCGCGGGCCUUCCACAACACGGCGCUGGGCGAGUUUGAACAGUUCGCCUGUGAGCUGUUUGGAUACGAUAAACUGCUGCCCAUGAACACGGGCGUGGAAGGCGGCGAGACAGCCAACAAGCUAGCCAGAAAGUGGGGCUACAUGCGCAAGGGCAUUCCGGACAACCAGGCUAAGAUCGUGUUCUGCGAGAACAACUUCUGGGGCCGUACACUGAGCGCUGUCUCGUCGUCCACGGAUCCGACGGCGUUCACCGGCUUCGGGCCGUUCAUGCCCGGAUACGAGAUCAUACCGUAUAACAACCUGGAGGCUCUCGAGACCAAGUGCCGUGACCCGCACGUGGCCGCCUUCAUGGUGGAGCCGAUCCAGGGCGAGGCCGGGGUGAUGGUCCCUGACGCGGGCUACCUGCGCGGCGUGCGGGACAUCUGCAGCCGGCACAAUGUACUGUUCAUCGCUGACGAGGUGCAGACCGGCCUGGCUCGCACCGGCCGCCGGCUGGCCUGCGACCAUGAGGACGUGAAGCCCGAUAUUCUGAUCCUGGGGAAGGCGUUGUCCGGAGGGGUGCUGCCGGUGUCAGCGUGUCUGGCGGACGACGACGUGAUGCUGUGCCUCCGUCCGGGCGAGCACGGCUCCACGUUCGGCGGUAACCCGUUGGCGUGCCGGGUGGCCAUGGCCGCUCUGCGGGUGAUGGAAGACGAGCGGCUGGCCGAGCGUGCCGACCGGCUCGGCCGACUGCUGCGCGCCGAGCUGGCCAAACUCCCUGAGGAUAGGGUGUCGGCAGUGAGGGGGAAGGGACUGCUGAACGCCGUGGUCGUGUCGGAUAAGUUGGACGCCUGGGAGGUGUGUGUGCGUCUCUCCGAGAGCGGCUUGCUGGCCAAACCGACCCACGGCGACAUUGUCCGGCUGGCACCGCCCCUAGUCAUCACCGAGGAACAGCUGAUGGAGUGUGUCGACAUCAUCAGGGACACCAUCCUGUCAAUGUGAAGGGACUCUGGUUAGAGGGAGGUUAACGGCAGGUGACGUUAUGGGACAGGUCGGCCGUCAGGUCAAUGUGAGGUCAGCCGUUACGUCAAGCCAGCCGUGAGGUCAUAUCAGGUCAGCGGUGACCUCACGAAGACAAUGGGCCGUGAGGUCAUUGUUCGGUCAUCCGUCAGGUCAAGACAGCUGUGAGAUCAAGACAGCCGUGAGGUCAUGUCAGGUCAGCGUCGGGUCAUCUUCAGGUCACCGUCGAGUCGCCUCGUGACAGCAUCUCCAGGACUGCCAGGUCAGCAAUAAUCUGUAGAAUUGACUGCCUAGUUGUCAGAGGUGCCUCUUCGCUCUAAUCUGUGCCUUUUUACGGUUGUGCAUAUGACGAUGCCUCGCACAGUUUCCAGGUUGUGCUUGCUCUUGCUUCUGUUUCCUCCUUUCUCUGUAGGUAGAUGUAGUUAAAUUGCGUGAUCUAUCCAA